AAAAUUUGACGUUGAAAUGCUCAUGCCUGUUGCUGAAACUGGAGGAAAUUCAUUGGACGCUCCUUCAGAGUUGGAUAUUUAUCAUAUUUUUAAACCAUAUGGCAGCCAAGAAUCAUCAGAAAAAGAUGCAGAUUGGAAGAGAUACUUACAUGAUGAUCAGGUUGAUAAAACAGUCAGUGAAUCAAGUGUAAAUAGCACUGAAGAGCAAAAUUUAAAAGUUUCCCAUCCUGAAAUACCAUCUUUUUCAAAUAAGCUGGAAAUGGUUAGUUUGGUUAGUGUGGAUGAUUGUUCUAGUGGCAGUAUAACCUUCUUACCUUCAACCUUGAGUCCUGAGAGGCAUAAUGACAUCUCUUGUCUCCUUGAACAUGUUAUUAAACCCAGACCACAUAAUACACCCAGAUUGAUAUAUAAUGAUAAUGGAAACAUUCCUCAGGAGAUAGAUUUGCAAUCUGGUCAUGAGAAAACAAUGCGAAUCAUGGCUUGGAGACCAUGCAGGUCAAGGACACAUCUGCAUUAUUAACAGCUAGUCCAAUGUUCCGGUUGGAUAUUUAUCAUAUUAUUAAAAUUAAACCAUAUGACAGCCAAGAAUCAUCAGAAAAAGAUGCAGAUUGGACGAGAUACUUACGUUAUGAUCAGUGGAAUACUAAUAAAACAGAAUUAGCCACUGAAUCUAGUGAAAAUGGCACUGAAGAGCAAAAUUUAGAAGUUUCCCAUUCUGAAAUCCCAUCUUUUUCAAAUAAGCUGGAAAUGGUUAAUUCGGUAGAUGAUAGUCAUAAUGGCAGUAUAGCCUUCUUACUUUCAACCUUGAGUCCUGAGAGGCAUAAUGAUAUCUCUUGGCUUCUAAAGAAAGAUGUUUUUCUAUAUGGACCAGAUAAUAGACCCAGAUUGGAUGAUAUUGGUAUACAAUUAUGUUUUAAUUGUAGUUGA